UGUUUAUUAAACCAUGAGAAUACAGGUGCAAAAGUUUGGCGUGCUGCGUUAAUCACUCAACUGUGAACAACGAGGGUCAAGUUUCCACCCGUAGCAAAUUGCCACUACGAAAAAAGGAGCUUAAGGAGCUCUAGCUGCUACAUUCGAAGCAACGAAACAAACGUGAUAAAACUACUUCAGUGACGUCAUACGGCUACAGUAUUAAAUUGCUGACACUGCAAUUUUUAAACAUUUAAAGGACCAUCAAUCAUCAAUGUCAGCAUUUGAAAAAAGUUCGAAAUUAUGAUGUUUUUGUAACAAUAUCACAUACAGUUUAUACCGGUUUCUUCUUUAAGUUCGAGAUAUUUUGGCUAACUAUAUAACAGUCUACAAACAUAGAGCACAACUCAGUACAUUGUAGCAUUAUACCCGGGAAGAAGACGUUUGGUCCAUUUAUACGAAAUGAAAUCCAUUGCAAGUUUGAUAUUUGUUGGAUUAGCAGCCAUGUGUCUGGCUGAAUACACUGCAAAACAACAAGAGAUACUAGCUGAAGUCGUUGGAAAAUGUGCUGUUGAAUUGGGUGUGAAGAUAAACAAAGAUCUUAUUGAGCGUUCCAAAUCCAGUGGAAACCCAUUUCCUGAGGAUGAGAACUCGAAGAAAUUUGUCGCUUGUUUCCUUAACAAGACUGGUGUACUGACAGCUGACGGUAAGAUUCAGACUGAAAAGUUCAUCGCAUUUCUGUCCGAGGGUCACGACGCUAAAGCUGUAACUGAGGUAGCUGAAAAAUGUGCUACGGUAGAAGGAGAUACCAUUGAAGAUAAAGGAUACAACUUCCAUAAGUGCUUCUGGGCGGAGAAAAAGUUUGAAUUGUAACAGACAGACGAGAAAAAAACAGGGAAAAAUGAAAAUAAUCUUGACAUGAAAAAUAAAAUGUAA